GCGGGUUUGAACGGUGGCGGGCGUCGGAGCCUCCCGGGUUGUGGCGGCAAUGGAGCCCGUUCUGACAGGUGUUUCUGCAUUUGUAGAAGUUUGGUCAUCUAACAGAACAGAAAAUUACUCAAAAACCUUUGAACAGCAACUUCUUGAUAUGGGAGCCAAAGUCUCAAAAACUUUGAACAAACACGUGACCCAUGUAGUCUUCAAGGAUGGACGUUUGACUACAUGGAAAAAAGCACAGAAGAUGGGCGUAAAAACAGUUUCUGUACUUUGGGUGGAAAAGUGUCAAGAAACUGGAGUACGUGUUGAUGAGUCCUUAUUUCCUCCACUGAACACUAGUGAAGGAUUUCCACUACUGAUCAAAAAACACAAAUGUAUGCAGCCAAAAGACUUUGUUGAAAAAACUCCAGAAAAUGAUAGAAAGCUUCAGAGAAGACUGGACCAGAUGGCUAAAGAUUUAGCUAUACAAAAGACAACAAUUAAUGCUGAAACGGAUGUACCAGUUUUACUAUUUGAAGACAAUGGUUCACUUGUAUACAGUCCUGUUAAUAAGAUGAAAGAUCAGUGCAAAGCAAUUGAAAGAGGAAUGAAGGGUAUGAAGAAAAAAAGAGAAAAUCUUUCUCCUACUGGAGAACAAAUCGAAGACUACUUGAACUCAAGUUAUGAUUAUCUUUGGGGAACUGAGAAAUUAAAGAGACAGAAAACAGAGGUAGUAGAACACUCCUGUGAUACUUGGACUGAUAGUCUUGUAUCCACGAGUGCAUCAGUGAAUUCUUCAUCACAGGGCAACAAGCGAAAAAGCUUAACACCAAAACGACAUUCCAGAAGUAGUUUAACAAAGAAACAGAUUAUACAGCACACUUUGGAUGAUAAAUUGUCUUCAGAAAAGAAACAACCAAAGUUUCCAAAGAAAAAUCAGAAGAAUGAAAAGAGCAAGACUACUUCAAUUGCAAAUGAAAGUUCUCUUCUCAGAGACUUCGAUCAUAUUACUCCUUCCAAAAAAUUGGUGCAACUAAAUACUGUUCCUUCUUUGAUUGACAGUCUCUCUAAUUCACCUAUGAAUAGUGAAGACUUAAAUACGUGUUCACUGGAUAAAAGCUUCCCUGUUGACAAAAAUGAUAGUAUUCUUGAAGACAAGAAGAGGAAGAAACUACAACCAUUACCUAAUUUGAAGUUGUUUACCUCAGAACUAAGUGCAUCAGGGUCUAAAGGGCUCUUGCAAGCAGUUACUACAUAUAGCAAGUCGUAUUGUACUGAAGAGGCUUCUUAUGAAGACUUCUUUUCAUCAUCUAAUUUAAAUGAAAAUCAAGUACAGAUAAGAGUGCCAGAUGAAUCACAGAGUCGUCCUGAAGUUUGUUGCAAAGACUCUCUUACCAGCGGGGACUUCUGUCACGUGAGUUUCUCUAAGCCCCGUAAUACUACCAAGAAACAUAGGAAAAAGUCUAUUUCAGUGCAUGAUUUUCCAGUAAAGAAAAAAUUCGAACCAGCUAAACUUCCUGGAAACAUGCCAUUAAAUAUAUCAGGUGGCACUGCAGAAGCUCUAGAUUCUGAUGAUGUGAAUAGGCUGCCUCAGCAUGCUCAUGAGAAGUCCUACAGAAACAAUGUGAAUUACUGUGCUCAUACUACUGGUGACGAAAAUGAAGUUUCAGAGUGUCAUGUUACUGAUGGCUCUUGCAAAGUUUUUAAUGAAUGAAAGAAUAAAUGCAGUGGAGGAUUAAGAAAAGCUAGAAGACUCCGAACGGUCAGUUUAACUGGACAUUUGGUUUGUUAAGCUCUUUCUUUUUCUUGGAGAAUCACUGAGCGCUUUUAUAUGUACAAAAAAUAAAUGCAUUCUCUUUGCACUAUCAAUUUAAUAACUUUUUUUUCUGAAUCUCACUUUUCUUGAAAUAUUACACUAGUGGUCUUCAUGUAUAACCACAGAACUCAGCUUUCUGGUAACUUGUGGUGGCAGAGUCCAUGCCAAGCUGACAUCAUAAAGGAGCUUAAUAAGCCAACCUGAACUGUUUUGCCUGAAAAGCCACUGAAGUAGCCUGAAAAGAUGCCUGUCCCUUUUGGAGGAGUUACUAAAUGUGGCAGUGGUUUUUAAUUGUUUUAUAGUACAUCAUCACCAGUGGAUGUUUCUGCCGGAUAAAGAUUUAUGCAAGAUUGUCUUUUAGGUUGCAGUAAAACUAAGUAACUUAGUAUUUGAGCACAGUUUGGCUGUAAAAAAGGGAGAAGAGAGGCUUGGGUCAGCACUGAAU